UGAAGUGAGCGGUGGCGAACCGGAGAGAGGAACAUCGAGCUCUGGGGAAGACCGGCGUCGACUCACUGCGUUGUUUGCAGUCUUUUGUCAACCGCUAGGGAAUGACCUUAACUUCACUUCUUGUAAAAUUGAAAAGAAGCUUUUGAUCGCGACAGGGAUGAAUUUAAAGAGCGGUGCGGUAAUGUGACAAGGGGUGCUGAGGAGAAGGAGGAGGAGAGGGCUAGGGGGGGGACAAACCAGGACCAUUAAGAGGUGCUCCGGCCAGGUCUCAUCCGUGCUUCGGCACCGAGACGUGGAGGAAACCCCGAGGAUCACGGCCUCUUGCUCGGAUGACACCGACGGCCAUCGGCCACACUGCGGCUCUCAGCUAACGUCCGCCAAGCUAACUAAUGUCUUCCAAAGACUGGAAAUAAAAGUAGGAAAUGGCCUGCUGGAUUUAUUCAUUGCAGCGAGUGUGCGGGACUUGUUAGUGGUUGUGUUCGCCGCCGGAUGGACACCGCGGAGCCGCUGUGCUUCGGGCCGUGAUUGACAGUUUAAAGAGCUAAAGGCUCCCCCAGGGCGUGAUGGAAGGACUUCACAGCCAGGCUCUAAGCUUAGACCCUCGCAGGCAGGAAUUGCUCGAAGCUCGGUUCACUGGAGUUGGCGUGGCCAAGAUCAACAGUGAAUCAUCCAGCCAGUCUCUUUGUAGUGUGGGGUCCCUCAGCGACAAGGAAGUCGAGACACUGGAGAAGAAGGGCGAGCACCGAAGCAGGAAGAGAAAAGGAGACGCGUGUGACACCAACCAUCCGGGAAAGUUACGCGGACACAGAACGAGUGAUUAUUUUGAGUUUGCCGGCAACAGCGGUUCCGGCGCCAGUCCGGCUCGCGGCAUCCCCGUGCUGGUGCGCUGUUCCUCCUCCCAGCACUCGCUGUCUAAUCCAUCGUUCCAGCAGAGCAGUCCUUCGUCGGCCGGCUCGGCCCACACCGACUCUUCGUCGUGCAGCUCCGUCAAGAUGGCACCCGCGCACUUGUGCUCCCACAAAGCCACCCAGUCCGAGCUAACGCUGCUGAAGCUGACCGCACUGGAGAAGAGCAAGAACUCCGACCUGGAGAAAAAAGAGGGGAGGAUCGAUGACCUGCUGAGGGCUAACUGCGACCUCCGACGCCAGGUGGAAGAGCAGCAGAAGAUGAUGGAGCGCUACAAGGAGCGCCUCAACAAGUGCGUCACCAUGAGCAAGAAGCUCCUCAUUGAAAAGUCAAAGCAUGAGAAGAGGACGUGCAGGGACAAGAGCAUGCAGGAUCGUCUGCGUCUGGGCCACUUCACCACAGUCCGCCACGGCGCCUCCUUCACCGAGCAGUGGGCCGACGGAAUCGCCUUCCAGAACCUCGUCAAGCAACAAGAGCGCAUCAACUCGCAGCGCGAGGACAUCGAGAGGCAGAGGAAGCUGCUGGGGAAAAGGAAGCCGCCCCCCGUGGCCCAGAUGCAGCCGCCCAGCACUGAGCACCACAAACGAAAGAGCAGGAGCAAUGGUCAGGAGAAUGAAGCGCUGUCACUUGCAGAGUAUCAUGAGCAAGAGGAGAUAUUCAAACUCCGGAUUGGUCAUCUUAAAAAGGAAGAGGCGGAGAUCCAGACGGAACUGGAGCGGUUGGAGCGGGUCCGGAAUCUGCACAUCCGGGAGCUGAAGAGAAUCCACAAUGAAGACAAUUCGCAAUUCAAAGACCACCCAACGCUGAACGACAGAUAUCUACUCUUAUAUUUACUUGGAAGAGGUGGCUUCAGUGAAGUUUACAAGGCUUUUGAUUUAACGGAGCAAAGGUAUGUGGCUGUUAAAAUCCACCAGCUCAACAAGAACUGGCGAGAGGAGAAGAAGCAGAACUACCACAAGCACGCCUGUCGAGAGUACAGAAUCCACAAAGAACUGGAUCACCCUCGGAUAGUCAAACUCUACGACUACUUCUCGCUUGACACUGACUCGUUCUGCACUGUUCUGGAGUACUGCGAGGGAAACGACCUGGACUUCUACUUGAAGCAAAACAAGCUGAUGACGGAGAAGGAGGGCCGCUCCGUUGUCAUGCAGAUCGUCAAUGCGCUCAAGUACCUCAAUCAGAUCCGGCCGCCCAUCAUCCACUAUGACCUCAAACCAGGAAACAUCCUGUUGGUGAACGGCUCUGCUUGUGGUGAGAUUAAGAUCACCGACUUCGGCCUGUCGAAGAUCAUGGACGAUGACAGCUACAGUUCAGCGGAUGGCAUGGAGCUGACCUCGCAGGGGGCGGGGACCUACUGGUACCUUCCUCCGGAGUGCUUUGUGGUUGGCAAGGAGCCUCCCAAGAUAUCCAACAAAGUCGAUGUUUGGUCACUUGGGGUCAUCUUCUAUCAGAGCUUAUAUGGACGCAAGCCAUUUGGUCAUAACCAAUCCCAGCAGGACAUCCUCCAAGAGAACACCAUACUCAAAGCUACCGAGGUGCAAUUCCCCCCAAAACCUGUCGUCACCCCAGAAGCAAAGACUUUUAUCCGUCGCUGCCUGGCUUAUCACAAGGAGGACCGCGUGGACGUGCUCCAGUUGUCACGGGAACCUUACCUAAUGCCCGCCAUCCGAAAGACUCUCGGCGGCGGCGCGGCCGGCGGAAACGCCGGCGUACCUUCCGCCGCCCCCCCUAUCCCUUCCACCUCCAGCUGCUACGGCAACAGCGCCUCCAACUGAAGUGAGACGCCGGACGUACGGCGUCGUCGUCCAAAAUGAAGGCUCGCUGCCGUAUGCAUGCUCUAAUGCUACGACUCAUCUUAGGAGCUUUAUAAAGAUCAGUGAUUCCCAACCUUUUUUUUGGAGCCAAGGCACAUAUUUUACAGUAGGUAAAUCCACACGGCUUACCACCUAGCAAAAAGGAAACUCGUUUAAUUGUUGUGCCCGUCACUAUACGUCGCCGGCAUAGAUAGACGAACCAACAUUAUUUUUUGUGAACAAAUAUAUUUUCUGAUGGGUUUAAGUGAACUUGGACAAUUUCGAGUUGCACAGCGUUUGGGGAAUCACUGCUAUAAAACACCCACAAAUUUGCACAUGCUACAUGCAUCUGUUCUGUGGAAGGUUUAUGUGAAUUAAGACGGCUUGAAAUCUAAUUUUCUCCAGGCAUUGCUAGUAUUAACCCUUCCACUCCCUCCAUAGACUAUUAUUGGAAGGGCUCCCACUGCAGUGACUGAAGACCAAAGUAUAGAACGGGGGAUGACAGAUUAUUUUAAAUAUUAAACUGGAAGAAAGCUGCCACCUGCUUAUUUGAGUAUGGAAUAUCCUACUAAGCCAUCCCUGCUCUACAUAAUUAUUUUAAGGGGGGCCGGGGGCACUACGAGUGAAAGAGUGUUGUGAAGAGAGAAAGUAUUCUCAAGAAGUCAUUAUAGUAUGUAACCAAUAAAAGAAAUAUUUGGUUACCCCUA